CGACUUUUCAGCCGUUUACCCAAAAUCGGGUCAGUCCAUUGAAAUCUAUUCACGACUUCUCUCUCUCUCUCUCUCUCUCUCUCUCACAUGAGCUUGCUCUGUGUCCUCUAUGCUGAUAACUUUCUCAGACCCACAACGGUAAAACCUCUUUUCCAUCUAUAUAUCUGUAGAAAAUCAUAAUUCUGAAUUCAUCAGAUGUAUCCUCUUUUUCGAAAGGCACACAAACUGUUCGACGAAACGACCCAAUGGUGCCAUUUUAUGCGGAACUCGAUACAUUGUUUCUCACAGAGUACAUUGUUUAAAACCCAUUCGUAUUUUGAAGACCCAAUUGAAUUUUUCGGUGAAAAUCGAAGUGUUAUAUCUUGGACCUCAAAAAUCUCCAGCUUGGUGAGGAGAGAUAAGCCCGAAGAGGCCAUUGGGUUGUUCAAAACCAUGCUUUUAAGUGAGCAAAGGCCAAAUUAUGUGACAAUUUUGAGCGUCGUACGGGCUGUUGGGGCUUCUGGUUUUGAAAAUAUGACGCGGGUAAUUCAUGGGUUGUUGAUAAAAAUGGGUUUUGAAUCAGAAAUGUCGGUUGUAACCACCCUUCUAGGUGUUUACUCUAGUUGGGAUGUUGAAAUUGUGUGGAAGCUGUUUGAUCAGGUGCCCGAUAAAGAUAUGGUUUUGUGGAAUGCAAUGCUUUCGGUAUGCACGAAGAGUGGGCAACACAUUGAGGCCUUUGAGAUUUUCAGAGAAAUGCAAUACAAUGGUGUCCAACCGAGCCAUGUGAGCAUUGUAAGCAUACUACCUGCUUGUGGUGCUCUUGCCACUUUGUCAUUUGGCAAGCAAAUACAUGGUUUCUCAAUAAAAACACAAUAUUAUUUUCUUACCAAUGUUCAAAACUCACUUGUAGAUAUGUAUGCAAAAUGUGGAUAUCCUGAGACCUCCAUUCAAGUUUUCAAUAGAAUUGAAAACAAGGACCUUGUCUCUUGGAGGACUAUGAUUCAUGGGUGUAUCGAAAACAAAUGCCCAAGAGCAGCAUUGAAUAUGUUCUCCGGGAUGCAAUCUUGUUGUUUCAAACCCGAUGAAGUUAUAAUCUUGGAUGCAAUUGGAGCAUGUGGAGAAGAAGAAAAGUUUACUUUUGGUAUGGGACUUCAUGGGUACAUCCUAAAAAGUGGAUUCUUGGCUUUUGUUUCAGUCAUGACUGCACUUUUCCAAAUGUAUGCAAAGUUUGGUGAAAUUGGGUCUGCUAGGAUUUUAUUUAGUCAGAUCCAAAAGAAAGAUUUUAUCGCGUGGAGUGCCAUGAUCUCGGCAUAUGCACAAAGUGGACAUUCUUUGAAAGCUUUAGAUACCUUUAAAAAGAUGCAAUCAACAAACGAGAAACCAAAUGAGAUCACUUUCGUGAGUGUAUUACAAGGUUGCUCUUCCAUGGGAGUUCAAGAGCUCGGGGAGAGCAUCCAUGCACAUAUGACUAAAGCCGGCUACUCAUCAAAUGCAUUUUUAAUAUCAGCAUUGAUUGAUUUAUAUUGCAAAUUUGGAAGGAUAAGGCAAGGAAAGGCCAUUUUUGAUGAGAUUCUAAUAAAAGAUCUUGUAUGUUGGAGUUCAAUGAUCAACGGUUAUGGGAUAAAUGGGUAUGGUAAUGAAGCUCUAGAGACUUUCUCGAACAUGUUGAAUUGCGGGAUAAAACCCAAUGAGGUGGUCUUUAUUUCUCUUCUAUCUGCUUGUAGUCAUUGUGGGUUAGAGAAUGAAGGUUGGAAUUGGUUUUAUGCCAUGGAAAAGAUAUAUGGUAUUACUCCAAAACUUGCACACUAUGCUUGUAUGGUGGAUUUGCUUAGUCGUCAAGGACAUGUAGAAGAUGCUCUUGAAUUUGUGAAAAGUAUGCCUAUUGAGCCUGAUAACAGAAUUUGGGGAGCUCUUCUUGCUGGUUGUAGAUCAAUUUGUGGGUCCAUUGAGAUUGCAGAAUUUGUGGUUGAACAGCUCGUUUGCUUGGACCCAGAAAAUACUAGUUAUUAUGUGGUUUUGUCGAACUUGUAUGCAGAGCAGUGUAGAUGGGAAGAUGUGGAAAGGAUGCGGAAAUUGGUAGACAAGAAGGGAUUGAGGAAGGAAACAGGAUAUAGUAUAAUUGAAGCCAAUUCAUAACAUGCAUACUAUGAGAAAGAUUAACUGCAAUUGAUUAUUCUCUCAACAGUUUUAAUUUUGUUUUUCUAACUAUUUGUAAAAAAACUGGAAAUAAUUUGUAGAAUUUAUUUUCUAAACGAAAAAUCAUACUCUUUUUUUUUUUUCAUUUUCUUCUGCUGGAUUGCUUUUUGAAUUUUAUGCCCCGGUUCAUAUCCUAGUUGGGUUUUGUAUGUACACAAUGCAACACACCAUAUAUCUAUGAAAGAAAUUCAUGAGGGUGCGAUAUUUUAUCCUUUCUAAGCCAAUUUGUGUAUACAGUUAUAUUUUAUAGUGGCUAGUAGAGGAUUUGGAUUGGAGCUCUAACCCCUUCCUUCACCUUUCUGAGAAGAUAGGCCCAUUUGUUUUGGGGUUAAAUAGAUGGGAGGGGAUUA